AUGAUAAAAGGACGUUCAAGUAGUUGGCCUCCGGACACGGAAGUCGAGGAUGGCUUUGGCUUCCGAGGAAGAGGAGGAAGACGGAGGCGAAAACAUCAGCUGCCUAAAAGACACGGCGGAAGAAGCUGCACCGCCGUCUCCAGCGAGCCUUCCAGGCUCAAAAGCAACCUCAAGAUAAAGACAGAUGCAGAGAAAGGCUUGGAACAGAGGAAAGUAAGCUGGCCUGAUGCUCAUGGCAAAGAUAUUGCUCAUGUUCAAGAGUUUGAGCUUAGCGCAUCCGAGGAUGGAGAUCAUGCAGGAGAUUCUAAAAGAAAAUAUUGUGGUGUUUGUAUAAUCCAGUGA